AUGCUGAGAACACGUUUUUUUAGAGGCGCAUCGCCAUUGUUGAGAAGUGGUGUUGUUAGAGGACCCGUUUGCUGCAGGACGGUGGGUCAGUCCUUUAGGUUUCUGUCUGUGACUUCGAACGUUAACCAACAGAUAGAGGAUAGUGUGAAAUCUAAAAAGAAGCCUUUGAGUAGGUUACCAAUUGGAGGAAGUGAGCAGUCUAGUUCGCAGAGGGUAGCGAGCGAUUCAAUCGAGUUUACCACUUGGAAAGCUGCAGCUUUGUUUGUGGUUGUAGGAGGUACAUUAUACUAUUUCUUCUCGAAGGAGAAAAAAAGGUUGGAAGCAGAGAAAGAAGCAGAGGCUAAUAGAGGGUAUGGCCGUCCCGUUGUUGGUGGCCCAUUCAAUCUGAUUAAUGAUGAUGGAGAACCUUUCACUGAGAAAAAUUUGGUAGGUAAAUGGAGUAUCUUGUAUUUCGGAUUCACUCAUUGUCCUGAUAUUUGUCCCGAUGAGUUAGACAAAUUAGGAUUGUGGCUUAACUCAUUGAAGAAAAAUCAUGGGAUUGAAAUGCAGCCAAUCUUUGUCACUUGCGACCCUGCAAGAGAUUCACCGGCAGUAUUGAAGCAAUAUUUGAAGGAUUUCCAUCCAGAUAUUGUUGGUUUAACUGGUACUUAUGAUCAGGUUAAAAGUGCUUGUAAACAGUACAGAGUUUAUUUUUCCACACCACCGGAUGUGAAACCGGGACAAGAUUACUUGGUAGACCAUUCGAUUUUCUUUUACUUGAUGGACCCUGAGGGCCAAUUUGUGGAAGCUAUGGGUAGAAACUACGAUGAAAAGAGUGGUGUCGAUAAGAUCAUCGAGCAUGUCAAGACUUUUGUCCCACGCGAAGAACGUGAGAAGAGGAAGGGCAAGUGGUACUCGUUUUUAUUUGAGUAG